AUGGAGGUUUUCUCAAGGAUUCAGCUUUUCCUUCUACCACUCUUGCUUUUCUCCAUGUUGCAGAGACCCACGUUCGCCAUCAAAAAGUCUUAUGUUGUAUACAUGGGAUCACAUUCACAUGGUCCAGAAAUCACACAAAGUCAUAUUGACCUAGCUGCAGAAUCUCAUUACGAGUUUCUUUCAGAUUUCGUUGGAGGGGCCGAGGAGGCCAAAGAAUCGAUUUUUUACUGCUACACAAGACAUAUUAAUGGUUUUGCAGCGACCCUUGAAGAAGACAAAGCAGCUGAGAUCGCAGAGCAUCCCAGGGUCAUAUCAGUCUUCCCAAACAGAGAACUGAAAUUACAUACAACCCGAUCAUGGGACUUUCUUGGACUGGAGAAAAAUGGUGCCGUUCAACCUGGUUCGGUCUGGGAGAAGGCCAGAUUUGGGGAAGAUACAAUUAUUGGGAACCUUGAUGGUGGUGUCUGGCCGGAAUCGAAGAGCUUUAGCGACGAUGGAUAUGGACCCAUUCCAUUAAGGUGGAAAGGAGGUUGUACGGAUACUAAUCCUAGCGGAGUUCGUUGUAACAGGAAGCUGAUUGGCGCCAAGGCAUUCAACAAAGGAUACCUAGCGGCUGUUGGCAACACCUUCAACACCACACGCGACGAGGAUGAUGGUCAUGGGACCCACACCUUAUCGACGGCUGCCGGAAACUUUGUCCAAAACGUCAGCAUCUUUGGAUUUGGUAAUGGCACGGCUAAGGGAGGAUCACCAAGGGCGCGCAUAGCCUCUUACAAGGUGUGCGGGAAGCCCGUCAGAAAUGGCGGGUGCUUCGACGCCGAUACCAUCGCCGCUUUCGAUGCCGCCAUCCACGACGGCGUGGACAUUCUCUCUGUAUCCAUGGGAGACUCCCCCACCGACUACAUCAAUGACGGCGUGGCCAUCGGCUCCUUCCACGCCGUCAAGAACGGUAUCCUUGUAGUAGCUUCUGCCGGAAACGAGGGUCCAGAUGAUGGUUCCGUUUCCAACGUGGCCCCCUGGUUGUUGACGGUGGCCGCCAGCACUGUGGACCGCCGGUUCCCGGCCAUAGUGAAGCUUGGCAACAAUAAACAGUAUAACGGGCAGAGCCUCUCCCCGGUUUCCCUGCCCUCAGACGGCAAAAUGUACCCUCUAGUGAGCGGUUACGCAGCGGUAUCAAAGGACGCUUUGGACGACGACGCCAUGUUCUGCAAGGAAGGGUCACUGGACCCAGAAGUGGUAAAGGGGAAAAUAGUAGUGUGCAUGAGCGAUGAGAACUCGGAUGUGGACAAGGGAGUGCAGGCACUCUCGGCAGGGGCUGUGGGUAUGAUAUUGGUUAACCAGAACGGUGUGGUCCCCGAAGCUCACAUGCUCCCUGCGUCACAUUUGUCACGGUCGGAUGGUUUUGCGGUGUACGAUUACAUAAAAUCUACGAAAUCACCUACGGCUAACAUCUCACCGGCUACGACGGAGCUGGGGACGAAGCCAGCACCUAUGAUGGCCUCAUUCUCUUCCGAGGGACCCAACACUGUGACUCCCGAGAUUCUCAAGCCCGACAUCACUGCACCAGGGAUGAGCAUCAUCGCUGCCUUCACCCAAGCAGUGGGGCCCUCCGAACUUCCUCACGAUACCAGACGGGUUGCCUUCAACUCUUUGUCAGGAACUUCCAUGUCCCGCCCUCACGUCGCUGGUGUUGCUGGCCUUGUCAAGACACUCUACCCCCAUUGGAGCCCCGCCGCCAUCAGAUCUGCCAUCAUGACAACCGCAAUUACAACGGAUAAUUUGAGGGAGCCGAUACUGAAUUCAUCAAAGAUGAGAGCAACACCAUUCAGCUAUGGAGCUGGACACGUUCGACCCAAUAGUGCCAUGGAUCCUGGUUUGGUCUAUGACCUAACCACCAUCGACUACUUGAACUUCCUAUGUGCCAUUGGCUACAACCAAUCUCUAAUCAGCCUCUUCUCCGGGAUGAAGCUGCCUUACACAUGCCCGAACCCCGCCGUCAGUCUCCUAGACCUCAAUUAUCCCUCCAUCACAGUACCUAAUCUCUCAGGCUCUGCCACUUUGACGAGGACACUGAAGAAUGUUGGGUCUCCAGCUACAUACAAGGUCAUAGCUCGUCCACCCUUGGGGAUUUCGGUGUUGGUGGAACCAGAGAUCCUGAAAUUCGAUUCGAUUGGACAAGAGAAGACAUUCAAACUAACCCUCAAGACUAAUCAGCCUGGUUUUGCUGAAGACUACGUUUUUGGCGAGCUUAAAUGGUCUGAUGGUCAUCAUCAGAUCAAGAGUCAGAUUAUUGUUAAGGCGGCUGCAACAUAGAGUUUCCUACUUUCUUUUCUCUACUUGGAUGAGGUGACAUGAGAGAAAUGAAAUGGCCCAACACAGACUCACAAGUGGAGAUUUGAUCCAUGAAGAAUCUUACAGUUAUUCUAGAUCAGUUCAUUGUGAAAUUUAAUUCAUCAUUUGAUUGAAUAGAUUCUAUCUGAACCCUAAACCUUAAAACUUAUCUUCAAUUUUG